GAAAUUAAAAAGGAAGAUGUGCAAUGAAUUGUAUAUAUAUAUAUAUAGGUAUAGGCAUAUAUGCAAUUGCAUGGAGGGGAUGGAAGUGACGCAGAUUAUGGAAAUGGAAGCAAAUGAAAUUUUUGAAUGUGCAAUGAAAGGCAGAUGGGAUGAAGUUGUAGAAGCCUAUGAGAAAAAUCCAAGCCUUCAAGAAGCAAGAAUAACAAGAUCAGAAGAUACCGCAUUGCACAUAGCAGUAUCCGAAGGGCGAACUGAGGUAGUGUUGAAACUAUUGGAACUAAUUGGAGACAAUGCAUCAAGAAUUCUACGUAUAAAAAAUGAGAAAGGAAACACACCACUGCAUUUAGCAGCAGCACUUGGAAAUGUUACAAUGUGUCAUUUCUUGGCUGCAAAAGAUGCAACUCUAAUUAGAGCUCGAAAUUCUGAGAGUGAAACCCCUCUUUUCCUCUCAGCUCUUCAUGGAAAGAAAGAUGCUUUCCUUUGCCUUCAUUUUCUUUACAAAAAAGAAUAUAGAGAAACUGACUAUUCUUUAUGCAGAAAAAAUGAUGGAAACACUAUACUUCAUUCUGCUAUUUCUGGAGAAUAUUUCUGUUUGGCAUUUCAGAUAAUUUGCAAUUAUCCAAAUCUGGUUGAUUUUGUCAAUGAGUUUGGUCUAUCUCCUCUGCAUAUUUUAGCCAGUAAGCCUAAAGCAUUCAAAAGUGGCAGUCACAGUUCACCACUUGCUUCUCUAAUAUACCGCUGUAUAAUAGUUUAUGAGCUUCAGGAGGAAACCCAAGAUAAUACAGCAUGCCAAAACAAUUGGGGAGUCAAAAAAGUUCCUAAAUAUCCACCAAAUUGUGAAACUGGCAUUAACUUUUAUCGUGCGAUCAGAAAGAUUUUCCAAGCAUUAACUACAACACAGGAAACUAGCAUAAGCUAUGGAGUAAAACAAUUCUUCCUUGGAAGAAGGGCUGGAAUUGAAAAUGAUAACUUGAAGGAUGAAGAGAAUCCACAGCAAACAAGCAGCUUGUAUUAUGACGGAAACCCAGCAAAGAAAAAGUACGAAGAAACACGGAUUUAUCCUCCAAAUUUUGCAACAUGUUUCCAGUUCUGCCAGUUCAUGGCUAAUAUGAUACUGAUUAUUCUUGGAUUUGGCAUUUCAAAGAUCAAGCACAUCAAAGAAAAAAAAGAGCGACAUGUAUGGGCUGUGCAGAUAAUGCAUGAACUGGUUCAAAGAGCUUCUUCUCAAGGGUAUAAAUAUAAUGGCCAAAAUCCAAAAACAUCUUGGCCCAACAGAGAUGGAGAUGCAUCUGAAGUUUCUAAAGCUCUACUUUCAUCAGAGUUUGACGAGAAAUCUGAAAGUAGAGAUGCAAAUCAUGAUGGGUUAAGUACUUUGACUGCAGACCAAGAAGAACAUCAAAAGGGGAGAGAUGAGCAUGGAAAAGCAGAGAAAAAUGACAAACCUGUACUAGUGGCUGCAAAUCUUGGAGUGACUGAAAUGGUGAACAAGUUCAUUGAAGCAUAUCCAUAUGCAAUCCAAGAAUUGAACACGCUUCAGAAAAAUCUUGUGCUCCUGACAUAUGAGAAAAAGAAGACUCCAAAAUUUUGCCAAAAGGAGACACCUAUACUGAUGGCAGCAAAGAUGGGAAUAACUGAAAUAGUGGAUAAAGUCUUAAACACAUUUCCUGUAGCUAUUCAAGAUCUGGACUCUGAUAAAAAGAAUGUCGUGCUUCUAGCAGUUGAACAAAGACAAACUGAUGUCUACAAUCUGUUGCUUAAGAGGGCAAUGCUUAAGGAAAGUGUUUUUCGUCAACUGGACAAUGACGGAAAUAGUGCAUUGCAUCUUGCUGCAAAAUUUGGCGAUCAUCGGCCGUGGUUGAUUCCAGGGGCAGCGUUGCAGAUGCAAUGGGAGAUCAAGUGGUACAAUUUUGUCAAGAAAUCAAUGCCACCACAUUUCUUCGUAAAACACAACAGCAAAGGCCAGACACCAAAAGAAAUUUUCACAGAGACACAUAAAGACCUUGUAACUAGAGGAAGCGAAUGGCUUACAAAAACUUCUGAGUCGUGCUCGGUUGUUGCAGCACUCAUCGCAACAGUUGCCUUCGCAACUUCAGCUACUGUACCGGGUGGUCUCAAUCAAAAUAAUGGCCAACCAACUCUAAAAGACGAGCCAGCAUUUAAUGUCUUUGCCAUUGCAUCACUUGUAGCUCUCUGUUUUUCAGUGACUGCACUCAUCUUUUUUCUAACAAUUCUUACCUCCCGCUACCAAGAAAAUGAUUUCGCAGUAGAUUUGCCACGGAAGCUCUUUCUCGGUUUAACAUCACUCUUUACAUCCAUAGCUUCUGUGUUGCUCUCAUUCUGCGCAGGGCAUGUCUUUGUCCUAAAAGAAAACUUGAGAUAUGCAGCUUAUCCAUUGUAUGCUGCAACAUGCUUGCCAGUGACCUUUUUUGCUCUUGCACAAUUACCUCUCUACUUUGAUCUUGCAAGUGCUAUCCUCAAGGAAGUACCUCAACGUAGCUACAAGCACAAGGUUUCUUCGAACCGCUCUGUGCAUAACUGAGGUUUUGGAGGCUUUUUUUUUUUUUUUUUUUUUUUUAGUUUCUUUUAUGAGAAUGAUG